AUGGAGUCUAGGAAACCACUAAGAAAACUACGAAAACGGCAAAAUCAAACGCUUGCUAAGUAUUCAGAAGCGAUUCGUAGUGACGUUGAUAAACUGCUGAGGAUCAAGCUCAAAGCGAUCGUCGUUAUUGAAAUUCAUGCGAGAGAUGUCAUUGAAAAAUUAUAUAAAUUACGUUGUAAAGAAGUUACUUCUUUCGAUUGGCUGUCACAACUCCGUUUCUACUGGGAUCGCGGCCUCGAUGACUGUGUAAUCCGGCAAACAAACACGAGCUUCAUCUACGGAUACGAAUAUUUGGGAACUUCUGAGCGCUUAGUCAUCACUCCGCUGACAGACAGAUGUUACAUAACUUUGACAACAGCACUCAAUCUGUACCGCGGCGGGUGCCCCAAAGGACCAGCUGGUACGGGAAAAACAGAAACAGUUAAGGACCUCGGAAAGGCUCUAGGUCUGAAUGUCAUCGUGCAAAACUGCUCAGAGGGGCUGGAUUACAAAAGUAUGGGGCGAUUGUUCGCCGGUCUAGCGCAAACUGGUGCUUGGGGUUGCUUCGAUGAGUUCAACAGGAUCAAUAUCGAAGUGCUGUCGGUUGUCGCCCAGCAAAUUCUCUCCAUCCUUACGGCACUUGCUCAGAAGUUAACGAGAUUUAUCUUUGAGGGCAAGGAUAUUUCCCUUGUUCGAACCACCGGAAUUUUCAUCACCAUGAACCCUGGCUACGCCGGAAGAACAGAAUUGCCUGACAAUCUUAAAUCCAUGUUUAGACCAAUCUCCAUGAUGGUUCCCGACAGCGCUAUCAUUGCCGAGAUAAAUCUUUUUGGAGAGGGAUUUGAGGACACGAGAAUUCUAGCCAGAAAGGUAUUCACUUUAUACGCACUUGCACAACAGCAGUUGAGUAAGCAGCCUCAUUAUGACUUUGGUUUACGAGGAAUAGUAACGUUGACACGUUAUGCCGGGAAGAAAAGACGCCAGUACAGCCACUUACCAGAUGAAGAGAUAAUUAUCUUAUCGAUGAACGACAUGAACAAAUCGAAAUUAACUUCCGACGAUCUUCCAUUGUUCACCAACAUCACUACAGAUUUAUUCCCCGAGAUAAAAGUUCCUAAGGUAGAUUAUGACGAAUUUAUCGAGUACAUUACUAAAGAAGCUAUUGGAUUGAAUUUGCAACCGAUUCCGAUGCUCCUGACAAAAGUUAUAGAAUUGUUCGAGACGAAAAAUUCCCGGCACUCGACGAUGAUAGUCGGGGAAUCGAAUACCGGUAAAUCAACGACAUGGAAAAUUCUAAAGAAGACACUGACAUCGAUGAGCCAGGAUGGAAAAAAGGGAUUCAAUAUUGUAAGUGAUUUUCCCAUUAAUCCAAAGGCAUUAAACUUGGGCGAGCUGUACGGGGAAUAUAAUCCUUCAACUGGUGAAUGGUCAGACGGAGUAAUAUCCUCCAUUAUGCGAACGACCUGUACGGAUAAUAGCCCCGAUGAAAAGUGGAUCAUUUUCGACGGCCCCGUGGACGCAUUAUGGAUCGAAAAUAUGAACAGCGUGAUGGAUGACAAUAAAAUCCUGACGCUUAUUAAUAAUGAACGCAUAACAAUGUCGGAACAAGUGUCGCUGCUGUUCGAGGUCCAGGACUUGGCUGUUGCCUCCCCGGCGACUGUUUCUCGAGCGGGGAUGAUUUAUAAUGACUACAAGGACUUGGGGUGGCGACCCGCCGUUAAUUCUUGGCUUGAGAGCUAUAAAACAAAGCAGGAAGAAUUUGUCCAAGAAAUGGAUCUAUUGUUCGAGAAUUAUCUUGACAAAAUAUUGGAGUUCAAACGAACCAACUGUAAAGAAUUGAUUGCUGUUAAUGAGCUCAAUGCUGUCGAAGGCUUAUGCAAGCUUCUAAGCGCACUUGCUACUGAAGAAAAUGGACUAAUUUAUGACGGAGACAAGGAUAAUUUUAGCUUUCUCUGCAAAAUUUGGUUCCUAUUUUGCGUGAUUUGGUCAGUGUGCGCGACGGUUGACGAAGAAGGACGACGUAAAAUGGAUAAUUACAUCAGGGAGAUAGAGAAUAUUUUUCCUCUCAAGGAUACCAUCUACGAGUAUUACGUUGACGUAAGACAACGCGGUUUUACCUCGUGGGAAGAAAAAUUGUCAUUGGCUUGGAGAUAUCCUACUGAGGCACCUUUCCACAAAAUAAUAGUACCAACUGUUGAUACAGUCCGGUAUGACUAUUUACUAAACGCACUACUGACUCAUGGAUGCCCAGUGCUGCUAGUAGGAGCAGUGGGGACCGGAAAAACCUCAAUGGCCCAAUCAAUAUUGGAGUCCUUGGACAAAAGCAAGUACAGUGUCCUCACAAUAAAUAUUUCGGGACAAACAAGCUCCAAUAAUAUUCAAGACGCGGUGGAAAGCCGUUUGGAGAAACGAAUGAAGGGUGUUUAUCUCCCCUUCGGUGGUAAAACACUCAUCACGUUUAUGGAUGACUUUAAUAUGCCGAGCAAAGAUACUUAUGGGUCUCAGCCUCCGCUUGAAUUGAUACGACAGUGGAUUGACUACAAAUUUUGGUACCAUCGCAAGAAACAAAUCCAGAAAUUCAUCCAGAAAAUGCAACUAAUAUGCGCAAUGGGGCCUCCCGGCGGUGGCCGUAGCACUAUUAGUAAUCGAAUAAUUACCAAGUUUAAUGUCAUAAACAUAACUCUGCCCAUAGAAAAACAGACCCUGCGUAUCUACAGCACAAUGCUGAAUCAACAGUUGCUUGACUUUAAUCCAGAAGUCAAGGGAAUUGCCAAAGAUAUCACCCUGUCGACUAUCGAAAUCUACAAUAGUGUGCUCAAGAUAAUGUUGCCUACUCCAGGAAAAAUGCAUUAUCUGUUCAAUCUUCGAGAUAUAUCAAAGAAUAAUUUUACAAUUCUUGUUAAAAAAAAUUGCAAUCUCCGUCAGGUAUUCCAAGGACUUUUACGAAGCCACAAAGAUUACCAAUAUUCCCGGUGGACAUUUCUCCGUCUUUGGGUUCACGAGAUUUUCCGAGUGUUCAGUGACCGGCUGAUUGACGACCGGACGACGAUGUCACCGACGAAUGCACCAAGAUCUUCUUCCUCUCUUCCUUAUUCGCCUGAUGAAUUAUUCAUUUCUUGCACACUUGGCGCAAAACGCUUCACCUCAAACUUUUUUGCAAUAGGUGCCUUCAUGAACGCCUGGAACAUAUACGAGGACUUGCAGGACAUGGACCCAGUGCGUUGUCACAUUGAAAGACAGAUGGAGGAGUAUAAUACCUCACCGGGGGUAGUCAGACUCAACCUGGUUCUUUUUGGCGAAGCUGUCGAGCACAUUUGCCGUAUUGCUCGAGUUAUUUCUCAACCGCGGGGCAACAUGCUGCUCGUUGGAAUUGGUGGUAGUGGAAGGCAAUCUCUGUCAAAAAUAGCCAGUUACAUAACCGAACUGAGGGUCUUUCAAGUGCAAGUAACCAAGCAGUACGGUGUUCCAGAAUUUCGUGAAGAUCUCAAGAGACUUUACUCGAUGACAGGAGUGGACAACAAGCCAACGAGUUUUCUUUUCCACGAUUCUCAAGUCGUCGAAGAGCUGUUCCUUGAAAUCGUCAACAGCAUGCUUGGGACCGGCCAAGUUGGUAACUUGUACAAACCCGACGAAAUUGAAGAGAUUAAAAACUCACUGAUGAAAGAGGCAAUGAAAGAAGGAAUAAUUCCCACUGCGGAAUCGAUUCUGCUGUUCAUGAUCGAGCGCGUACGUGCUAAUAUGCACAUUAUGCUCUGUAUGAAUCCAAUCGGGGAAAAGUUUCGAAAUCGUUUGAGGCAAUAUCCGUCGUUGAUAAAUUGCACGACCAUCGACUGGUUUCUUGCUUGGCCUAGAGAAGCACUACUGGAAGUCGGCAACAAGUUCCUCAUGAAUCUCAGCUUCGUUACGACAAUCACUGGGGUGGACAAACCGGAGCCCAGGAGGUCAACAGCAGCAGCACCACCAAUUUAUUCACUCCAAGAACGCAUGGUAGAGGGUGUUACCGCGACCUUUGCUCUAAUUCACGACACCGUGAUACAGUACUCGAGAAGAAUGGAAAUAGAGAUGUCGAGAUACUGCUACGUGACACCGGGAAAUUUUCUUGAGCUGGUUGUUGGCUACAAAAAAAUGCUCGAGAACAGAAGACGAAAAGUUGCCGAGCAAGCGAACAAACUUAAUGGCGGUCUCACUAAGAUCAAUGAAACUAAAGACAAGGUAAAUGACAUGGCUGUUGAACUAGAAGUGACACAGAGACAGGUGCUCAAAGCGACCGAGGACUGCGAGGAGUAUCUCCUGACAAUAGUCACCCAGAAACGGGACGCGGAUGACACCCAGAAGAAUGUCACUGCCAGGUCGCUUCGCAUUGAGAAGGAGUCCGAGGAGUGCAAGAAGUUGGAGUCUGUUGCGAGAGCAGAUCUUGAAACUGCACUCGAUACUCUAAAUAAGAAAGAUCUCGCCGAGAUAAAAUCAUUUGCCCGACCACCCCCCGGCGUCGAAAUGGUACUGGAGGCCGUGAUGAUACUGAAAAACUCCGAGCCAAGUUGGGCGGAAUCCAAGCGACAACUGGGCGACGUCAAUUUCUUAUAUUCAGUUUAUCGUACUCUGCGAGCCAUCAGAAAAUACACCUCAAGCCGAGAAUUCAAUCCCGAUAAAGUAGGCCAAGUAUCAAUCGCCGCAAAAUCACUUUGCAUGUGGGUAAUUGCGAUGGAACAAUACGGCAAACUCUACAGAAUAGUGGCGCCUAAAAGAGAGCGGUUGGAGCUGGCGCUAAAUUCGCUUAGGGAAAAAGAGAAGACCUACAACGAGGCCGUAAUACAAUUGCAAAAGUUGCGUUCAGAGUUGGAGAGUCUAGAGCAAAUGUACGACGCGAAGAUGAAGGAAAAAGAAGACCUAAUUAGACUGGCUAAUCUGCUGAAGAUAAAGUUGGAACGAGCAGCGAUGCUAGUGGAUGGCCUCUCGGAUGAGCAUCUUCGAUGGCAAGAGACAGUAGAGUCCUUAGGGGAGUUUUACGAGCGUCUACCCGGUGAUUGCCUCAUAUCAACUGCUUUCAUAUCUUACUUGGGUCCGUUCCUGUCCAAUUACCGCGAAGAACUCGUCCAGAUUUGGAUUAAAGAGAUUCUGACUAGAGAAAUUCCCAGUACUAGCAAGUUUGAUCUAAAGCAGUUCCUAAGCACUCCGACGACAAUUAGAGAGUGGAAUAUCCAAGGGCUGCCCUCCGACGAAUUCAGCACCGAGAAUGGGAUCAUUAUAACCCAAAGCACGCGGUGGCCUCUUGUUAUUGAUCCUCAAUGUCAGGCAGUCAAGUGGAUCAAGAAUAUGGAGGCAACUAACGUAAGUGAUGCAGUGAUGAUUAAAUUCAACGAUAAAAUGAUUAGUUAUAACGACAACUUCCGUCUAUAUAUAACAACGAAACUGGCAAACCCGCAUUAUAGUCCGGAGAUAUCAACCAAAACUGCAUUAUGCAACUUCGCCAUUAAGGAACAAGGUUUAGAAACUCAACUACUCGGCAUUGCGGUGAGAAAGGAGAGACCACAACUCGAAGAGCAGAAAGACAACUUGGUACUCAGCAUCGCCACGGGCAAACGAACUUUGGAAGAAUUAGAGGACAAGAUUUUACAUCUCCUGAGUAUAACUUCGGGCUCUCUGUUGGACGACCUAGACCUCUUGAACACAUUACAGACUUCAAAAAGUACCUCAACUUCUGUCGAAGAGUCGCUAGUUACCUCCCUGGCCACCGAAGAAGAAAUAGACAAAGCAAGAGAAGAGUAUCGCCCAUGCUCUAAACGCGCCACUAUUUUAUUCUUCAUUCUCAAUGAAUUGUACAUGAUAGACCCGAUGUAUCAGUUCUCGCUGGACGCUUACAUAAGCCUCUUCAUCCACUCGAUCGAUAAGUGCCCGAAGAAGCACAAGAUAAGCGAGAGAAUUGAAGCGCUGAAUGAUUUUCACACUUAUGCAGUUUACACGAACACGUGUCGCGGCCUGUUCGAGCGUCAUAAACUAUUAUUUUCAUUUCACAUGUGUACUAAAAUACUUCAAGCCCAAGGGAAAAUAAACCCGUCGGAGUAUUAUUUUUUAUUGAAAGGCGGAAUUGUUUUGGAUCGAGAACAUCAGCCCGAAAAACCGGUCACCUGGUUGUCUAGCGAGAGUUGGGACAAUGUUACUGAGCUUGAUAAAUUUCCUGGACUUCAUGGGAUUGCUUCUUCGUUUGAAGAAAGAGCGCGUGAUUGGUACAAUUGGUAUAUAACGACAGAACCAGAAUCAAUGUACCUGCCAGGAGGAUGGGAAGAGUCGCUGACAGAGUUUCAGAAAAUAUUGAUAAUCAGAAGCUGCAGAACCGAUCGCGUAAUAUUCAGCGUAACAAAGUUUAUAAUAAAUAAUUUAGGAUCGCGAUUCGUGGAGCCGCCAGUUCUCGAUAUCAAGGGAGUGCUGGAUGACUCGACGGCGCAGUCACCCCUGAUAUUCAUCCUGUCUCCAGGCGUUGAUCCAACCGCGGCGCUGAUGCAAUUAGCUGAGAGUCAAGGAAUGGCACAGAGAUUUAUGACACUGUCACUUGGACAGGGACAAGCACCUAUUGCGACAAAUAUGAUUGAAGCCGGGUGGCAAGACGGGUCAUGGAUAUUUUUAGCAAACUGUCAUCUGUCACUUAGCUGGAUGCCGACGUUAGAUAAAAUUGUCGAGUCAUUAAUAAAUAAUGGACAUUUACAUCCUGACUUCAGACUAUGGCUGAGUUCAAGUCCGACUUCGGAGUUUCCUAUAUCAAUCCUUCAAGCGGGAGUUAAAAUGACUACAGAACCGCCUAGGGGUCUGAAAGCCAACAUGAAACGACUCUAUGGUUUAAUUACAACAACUCAAUUUGACGUUUGUCAGGCGAAAACUAAAUACAAGAAGCUAUUAUUUGCGCUAGUAUUUUUCCAUUCGAUAUUACUCGAGCGUAGAAAAUUCCAACAACUUGGUUGGAACGUUAUUUACAGUUUCAACGACUCGGACUUCAAAGUGUCUGAUAAUAUCUUGCAAGUGUAUUUGGAUGAUUAUCAAGAAGAAACUCCCUGGGACGCAUUAAAGUACCUGAUAGCUGGAGUGUGUUACGGCGGACACGUGACUGAUGACUGGGAUCGACGUUUGCUGAUGACCUACGUCGAUCAGUAUUUAAAUUCGGAAAUAUUUACAAAGAAUUCCUACCGGCUGUCAACAUCACCGAGCUACUACGUCCCACGUGAUGGAUCGCUCGAGUCUUAUUGUGACUUUAUAACGAUGCUGCCUAGCACCGACAACCCAGAAGUAUUUGGUCAGCAUAUAAAUGCAGAGAUAACGUCACUUAUCAUUGAGACACGUUCAAUGCUUGAAACUUUGAUGAGUCUGCAGAUUAAAGUGUCACCCAAUGAAAUUACAACCAGCAACAGCAGCAGUUACUCCAAAGAGGACAAAGUGAUGCAGCUAGCAGGUGACAUAGAGGCGAUGCUGCCUCAGAAUAUCGACUGGGAGACAGCUGAGAAACUAAUUGGAUCAACAAAUAAGACACCACUUAGUGUUGUAUUGCUUCAGGAAAUAGCUAGGUACAAUAUCCUACUUGAAUUGACGCGAGACAGUGUAAGGGAUUUACAAGCUGGGAUCAAAGGACUGAUAGUUAUGUCAGACGAGCUGGAAGAAAUAUUCAUGUGUGUAUACGAGGGUCGUGUUCCAUCAACCUGGCUGACAGCUUAUCCGUCCUUAAAACCCCUAGGCUCAUGGACCCGAGAUCUCAUCAGCCGUGUUCAACACUUGGCUAAGUGGGCGGAAACCACUCGUACGCCUUUACUCUUCUGGCUUGCCGCUUACACAUUUCCUACCGCUUUUCUUACUGCGGUGCUUCAAACUUCCGCGAGACUCCUCGGUUUAUCUAUUGAUUCACUCACUUGGGAGUUUAAUGUUAUCAAUACCGAGGACCCUAUUACUGAACCACCUGAGGACGGUGUUUACGUGAGGUCUAUUUACCUAGAAGGUGCGGGCUGGAAUUGUAAAGCUGGAACACUGGUGGAACCGGCGCCGCUCCAGCUGAUCUGUGACAUGCCUGUCAUUCACUUCCGACCCAUUGAGUCGACGAGGAAAAAACCUAAGGACGUUUACAAUUGUCCUUGCUACUAUUAUCCUCUGAGAUCUGGGACGCAAUCUCAUUCAGCGUUUGUGGUCGCUGUGGAUUUGAAGACUGGACAGGAAAAUCCUGAUUUUUGGGUCAAGAGAGCCACAGCUUUGUUGUUAAGUCUUGCUGAUUAA